AUGCAGUCAAGUGAAUCUGCGUUAAUCUCAAGUGCUGAAUCCCAAACCCAAUAUACAACCCUCUUCUCAAAGUGCAUUAAAAUCAAGAACCUGAAGCUGGGAGGAGCUUUGCACUCGCAUUUGAUAAAAUCAGCUCUCAUUUUCAACACAUUUCUGACCAAUCGCCUCAUACAAAUGUAUUCCAAAUGCAAUUCUAUUGACUCUGCUCAGAAAGUGUUUAAUGAGCUCCAAUUCAAGAACCAACAUUCGUGGAACUCACUUAUAUCUGCGUAUUCCCAAAUGGCUCGGUUUAAUGAUGCCCGUCAAUUGCUCGAAGAAAUGCCAGGACCAAAUCUUGUGAGCCAUAAUUCCAUCCUUUCAAGCUUAACUUUACGUGGGUUUUAUAAAGAAGCAAUAAGUGUAUUUAGAAGAAUGCAAAAUCUACAUAGAGAUGUGCUCUGGAUGGAUGAGUAUACCAUCGUUGGUUUAACGAAUACAUGUGCUAGCUUGGCUGCAUUGGCAUUAUUGCGUCAAGUUCAUGGGGUUGCUAUUGCAGUUGGUUUGCAUUUUAAUCUUGUAGUUUGCAAUGCAUUGAUUGAUGCUUAUGGGAAAUGUGGUCUAGACUAG